AUGACUUCAUCAACGCCUGGUUACACUGUUGCCUGCAUGACUUCAUUAACGCCAGAUUACACUGUUGCCUGCAUGACUUCAUCAACGCCAUGUUACACUGUUGCCUGCAUGACUUCAUCAACGCCAGAUUACACUAUUGCCUACAUGACUUCAUCAACGCCUGGUUACACUGUUGCCUGCAUGACUUCAUUAACGCCAGAUUACACUGUUGCCUGCAUGACUUCAUCAACGCCUGGUUACACUGUUGCCUGCAUGACUUCAUCAACGCCAGAUUACACUAUUGCCUACAUGACUUCAUCAACGCCUGGUUACACUGUUGCCUGCAUGACUUCAUCAACGCCAUGUUACACUGUUGCCUGCAUGACUUCAUCAACGCCAGAUUACACUGUUGCCUGCAUGACUUCAUCAACGCCAGAUUACACUAUUGCCUACAUGACUUCAUCAACGCCUGGUUACACUGUUGCCUACAUGACUUCAUCAACGCCAGAUUACACUGUUGCCUGCAUGACUUCAUCAACGCCUGGUUACACUGUUGCCUGUAUGACUUCAUCAACGCCUGCUUACACUGUUGCCUGCAUGACUUCAUCAACGCCAGAUUACACUGUUGCCUGCAUGACUUCAUCAACGCCUGGUUACACUGUUGCCUGCAUGACUUCAUCAACGCCUGGUUACAGUGUUGCCUGCAUGACUUCAUCAACGCCAUGUUACACUGUUGCCUGCAUGACUUCAUCAACGCCUGGUUACACUGUUGCCUGCAUGACUUCAUCAACGCCUGGUUACACUGUUGCCUGCAUGACUUCAUCAACGCCAGAUUACACUGUUGCCUGCAUGACUUCAUCAACGCCAGAUUACACUGUUGCCUGCAUGACUUCAUCAACGCCAGAUUACACUGUUGCCUGCAUGACUUCAUCAACGCCUGGUUACACUGUUGCCUGCAUGACGUCAUCAACGCCAGAUUACACUGUUGCCUGCAUGACUUCAUCAACAACAGAUUACACUGUUGCCUGCAUGACUUCAUCAACGCCUGGUUACACUGUUGCCUGCAUGACUUCAUCAACGCCUGGUUACACUGUUGCCUGCAUGACUUCAUCAACGCCUGGUUACACUGUUGUCUACAUGACUUCAUCAACGCCUGGUUACACUGUUGCCUGCAUGACUUCAUCAACGCCUGGUUACACUGUUGCCUGCAUGACUUCAUCAACGCCAUGUUACACUGUUGCCUGCAUGACUUCAUCAACGCCUGGUUACACUGUUGCCUGCAUGACUUCAUCAACGCCUGGUUACACUGUUGCCUGCAUGACUUCAUCAACGCCAGAUUACACUGUUGCCUGCAUGACUUCAUCAACGCCAGAUUACACUGUUGCCUGCAUGACUUCAUCAACGCCAGAUUACACUGUUGCCUGCAUGACUUCAUCAACGCCAGAUUACACUGUUGCCUGCAUGACUUCAUCAACGCCUGGUUACACUGUUGCCUGCAUGACUUCAUCAACGCCAGAUUACACUGUUGCCUGCAUGACUUCAUCAACGCCAUGUUACACUGUUGCCUGCAUGACUUCAUCAACAACAGAUUACACUGUUGCCUGCAUGACUUCAUCAACGCCUGGUUACACUGUUGCCUGCAUGACUUCAUCAACGGCAGUUUACAAAUAA